AUGCCGCUUCCUCGCACCAAUUCGUUGCUGGCAACAGCACACAGAGCAUUCAGGCCUAGCCUCCUCGCCCGGUCUGUCCAGCCUCAACUUCGACGAACGCUCUUCUCCGCCGCUCCUAAAAGACGCAGCUCACCAACCGCGGUGAUUGUUACAGCGGGCUUCUUGAUUUGGCUUCUAUAUCCUACAGACGACUUUGCACGCCUUGGCCAUAAUAAAGACGGCUCAGUUGUCAAGGGUCCUCGCCAUGACGGAGCGGCAGAACACAACGCGGAUGGGUCUAGUGAGGAGGACAACGGCGAGUCGAGCGCUUGGUCGCAUUUUGCAAGCCAGUUUGAGUCCAUGUCCAUUAUAACGGAUAAAGAAUGGGCUGGAUUUUCCGACAAGCUUGUAGGCUACAUAUUCCCAGAGUGGUCUAAAACCGUUCCGGGAUUUAUGCGCAAGCUCCAGCGAGAACUGUCCAUGUCGCCUGGGUCUCUGGCUGAAGAGCUCUGGGAUGAGGCCCAUGAUCCCACUGUGAACCCGGAAAUUCGGUACACGGCAAAGGUUCGAGUCUCUUCAGAGCUUUGUGACGAUGAAAAAGAGUUUCUUGACCGCCGUAAGAAGAAGACGACAGCUGCGCUUGCAAAGUAUCUCGGCUUAAAAGAGUCCGAUGUUAACCCAGAGGACGUCCCAACCAUUGCUAUGUGCGGAUCUGGAGGUGGUUUGCGUGCCCUGAUCGCAGGUACAGGAUCUCUACUCGCUACUGAAGAAGACGGCCUUUUCGAUUGCGUAACCUACACUGCUGGCGUUAGUGGCUCAUGCUGGCUGCAGACCCUUUACCUAACUUCGUUCAAUAAGGGCAGUAUCAAGUCGCUCUUGGAACAUCUCAAGUCACGCACCGGAACUCAUAUUGCUUACCCGCCUGUUGCUUUCCAGUCUUUGACAUCCUCUCCGACUAAUAAAUACUUGCUUAGCGGUGUCGUCGAAAAGUUGAGGGGUGAUAAGGACGCCGAUUUUGGUCUCGUUGACAUUUAUGGCUUGCUACUCGGCGCCCGAUUCCUAGUGCCCAAGGGCGAGCUUGGCGUUAAUGGAAACGACUUCAAAAUUUCCAACCAACGCGAGCUGAUCAAGGAUGGCUCUCGCCCACUCCCUAUUUACACGGCCGUUCGCCACGAGAUUCCGGGGUUAAAGGAGCUCAAGAAGAAAGAAAACCAGAAGGAUUUUGAAGCAGCAAAAGAAAAGGCCACCAAGGAGUCUUGGUUCCAAUGGUACGAAAUGACACCAUACGAGGUAUUCUGCGAGGAGAUUGGAGCCGGAAUUCCAACAUGGGCUUUUGGCCGCAAGUUCAAAGACGGUCAAGACGUACCUCUGGAACAUGGUCUGCAUCUUCCUGAAAUUCGAACACCUCUCCUGAUGGGCAUCUUUGGAAGCGCGUUCUGUGCUACGCUCAGUCACUACUACAAGGAAGUACAGCCCAUUGUUAAGAACAUUGCGGCACUGAAAUCCAUGGACGAGCUCAUCUCAGGCAAGGAUGAUGAAUUAAGUAAGAUCCAUCCGAUUGACCCGGCUAUUAUUCCCAACUUCGCUUAUCAAAUGUAUGGAAAGCUCGCCAAGACGGCUACUCCCAGCAUCUACGAAGACGACCACAUCCAACUGAUGGAUGCUGGCAUGUCUAACAACCUUCCCAUCUACCCACUUCUCCGACCUGGCCGCGAUGUUGAUGUAUUGAUUACUUUUGAUGCUUCUGCUGAUGUCAAGACGGACAACUGGCUCUCUGUAGCUGAUGGCUACGCAAAGCAGCGCGGCAUCAAGGGCUGGCCGAUUGGUGUGGGCUGGCCCAAGGAAGAUGCCUCAGUUCAGCAGAUAAAGAAAGAUCUCGAGGACGCAGAAGCGUCAACUCCUCGAGAUGCUGACAAAAAGCUUGAGCAGGCCAAGGCUAGCCAGUCGGGUGACUUGGGACCCUGCACAGUCUGGGUAGGUACCACAGAAGAGCGAGUAACAAAGGAGGCGCAUCCACCUACCACGCCAGUCUCAGAAUCGGACGACUGGCGUUUGAUGCAUCCCAAUGCCGGGUUGGCGCUGGUGUAUCUGCCCUUCCUACCGAACAAGAAGGUGCCUGGUGUUUCGCCAGCGGAGAGCGAGUUCAUGAGCACAUGGAACUUUGUGUACACCCCGGAACAAAUCGACAGUGUUGUUGAGCUGGCACGAGCCAACUAUGACGAAGGCAAGGAGCAGAUCCGCUCAACGAUCAGAGCAAUCUUUGAGCGCAAAAAGCAGAUGCGAUUGAAGGCCGAAGGCAAACUGCAAAGCGAGACAACUCGAGCCAACACCAACGCGAAUUUACUGAAAGAGGGAGACCAGUUUAGCUAG